UCUGCAAAGAGGCUGAGAAUUGAGAAAAGUCAGCCAACUCCCCUGAUGGAAAUGAAUACUUACAGAGUGUGGAAUUUCUGAGACUCGACACUGAUUGGCUAGUCGAUGUGUGAUGAAGGGGCUCAGCCCAUUCUGUCCUGGCUGAGAGAAGUGUUUGUGAUUUUUAUAGUCUUAAGUUCCAUCAAACAUCUGCAUUCACAUGCGGACGUACACACACUCACAACAGUCGCUUGUUCUUGGUCUUUUGGCGAGGAUGGGUUAUCCACUGGUGAUUCUGUUGUGUGUGGGACUGCUCCACCAGACCACGAGGGCUGUCCAUAUGGAUAAACUAGCAGACCAGAAGAUUUGCGGAGAUGCAGAGUGCUCAUAUGUUCUCUCCAUGGCCACAGUCUUGGAUGACUUCAUAUCUCCUGACUGCCGAUUUCUCAACCUCAGAAAGGGUCAGGUGGUUUAUGUGUACUCCAAACUCAUUGCAGCAGAGGGCGCUGGAGUCUUCUGGUCUGGAAGCAUUUACAGUGAGCGGUACGUGGACCAGAUGGGCAUCAUUGGAUACUUCCCUGCAACUGUGGUGAAGGAGACACAGAGGUUUACAGAAAACACAGUUAAGAUCCAAACAACUGACAUGGACUUCUACUGCGAUUAAGGGGCUGAAACCUCUUCCUUGUCAACUCUUUCUAAACUGGCUUGGAGCUGCUUAUGCUGAGAAAUAGCUGCUGUGAAAAUGAUUAAAUUCGUUUUCUAAAGCUUA